AUGGCGGCGCCCACGCGGCACGAUGCAGCAGCGGCUGUCACAUUCCUGGUGUCGGGCAUGGCGCGGGAGGACUGCGUAUAUCCACCGUAUCCGUACCAGGAUCAGCUCCACGAGAUCGACCUCGUCCCUCUGCCUCUGCCUGCACAGGCAGCUGGGGUGGAGGAGACCCGGGGUCGGGAUUCGUGGAGGGAUGACGCGUAUACGGCGAUGUUGGGCAUGAGUGCCGACUUGGCCACGCCGCCGAAAAGGGAGGCCGGCCAAGGCCAGUAUUCCGAUGUCGACACGCGGUCUGUGGAAGUCUCGUUGGAUGAAGAGGACCUGGCCCGACGUGGUGUCGAGCUGAAGAGCUAG